CUUUACCCUGCAUGCCCCGCAUAAGGUCACGGCAAGCUCGCUUGUAAGGAAGGGUAGAUGGACGACAUCGAGGCCCCGGCCUCUCGUUCACGCUCUAGAUCUAUCUCAACUCCCUCCUCCGACGGACUACCCACGUUCGACGACCUCUUACCCGUUCGAGCACCUUUGACUCUUCCAGAUGAAGAGAAGAGACUGGUCAUACCUGGACUCGACUUGGACGUCAAGCUCAAGGUCGAUGCAGGACCGGGGUGUGGAGGUAUCGCUUGGCCCGCAGGAGAGGUACUGUCCAGGUAUCUAGCUUAUCGACAUAACCAAACGGCUUUACUCGAGAAUAAGACCAUUCUCGAGCUAGGGUCAGGGACAGGUCUCGUGGGUAUCGUCGCUGGGAUAUUAGAGCCUUCGGCCAAAGUAUGGGUGACAGAUCAACGACAAUUGUUACAUUUAAUGAAAGAAAACGUUCAUCUGAACCUCUCCCCACUACAUCAAUCCAAUGUUCAAGUGAUGGAGCUUAACUGGGGCGAAACGCUACCUCCCAACCUACCUUUGAAACAAAUUGACUUGGUCCUCGCUGCCGACUGUGUCUACUUCGAGCCAGCCUUUCCUCUGCUGGUUCAAACACUGAGGGACCUUGCCAUGGUAAACGAACAUAUAGAAAUCCUCUUUUGCUGGAAGAAACGACGCAAAGCUGACAAACGGUUUUUCUCCUUGCUCAAACAUCAUUUUCAUAUGGACCACGUCGAUGACGAUCGGCCCAACGAGAGAGAGAGGUAUCAGAGGGAAGGUAUUAGUCUUCUAAGACUUCACAGAAGACAUUGA